AUGAUACCAGUACUAACAGGUGGCGCUGCAUACGAAGAUGUUCCGGAAGUUAUUCGAAUGGUGACACUGACUGUUGCAGACAAUCCAGAAUAUCUGAAUCGGCUCCACCAAACAAUUAAAGGUAACACCAUACCGUUUGAGACAGAGUCGCUACUUCCGGCUGGUGACGUGGUGUAUGUGCUCGCCUGGAACUAUGCAGUCAACUAUCUGGAGAAAGUCAUGCCAGGACUGGAGCAUGCUAUUGCGGAAACCUUACAGAAACACAACAAGCGUCCAACAUCUUGUCGGAAAAAGCUAUACCUUAUUGUUCCGAAAUCAUGCGAGUGCAACCAGACUCUGACUGUAAAAGAGCCACGCAUUCAGUUGUUGGACACCACGCCCCCCGCUUAUGUUGACAAAAGUGGUCGUAAAUAUACCUUCGAUAUGUACCAAUUUGAGAAUAAUGGCAGAGAGCACUAUUUCGUCGGUCUGUACCCUGCCGCUGUGGCGUGCAUCCAUGACAUGUAUAAAACAAAGAGGGCGGGCGUUAACGAGGAUACCAUGGUCAGCCAGGCCCGGAAGUUCUGUGAGGAGAUUGCAAACAUCUUGAACCACAAAGUGUCAGCAAAUUUUACCAACCUAUGCGAGGUUGUUUUCUACGAUGAUCGAGAAAUGUCAUUGAUUACCGAAAUGACCAAACGUAUUGAAAGUUUGUGAAUUCAGACUGGUGUUUUUCUCAACAUGACCGACUGCAUUGGUCAUUGCUGACAAAUAUUUUUGAUUCUAUUCAUAGCAAUGCUUAUCGUAAUUGUGAUUACGAAACAUACCGGUGUUUCUGAACUUAUGAAACUGUCCCAUUUGAAUAUAUUUUUUAUUUCAUCGCCAUUAAUACAUAAACAAAUGUACACAAGAUAAGCUUGUACGGGUAUAUACAAAUAUGUUCUGGUCAACCGGAAACGUCAACUUUGUGUAUGUAUUUGUGUUUGGUUACAAUGUGCUUAUCAUAUGUCAAUAAUAAAAAACAUAUAAAAAAGAAUCUGAUUAAAAUCAGAUCCUUAAUCCACUUCUUAUAUUUCGAUCUAAAGAAACAUAGCUUGAGGAUACUUCCUGGUGAACUUUGUUUUGAUUAAUCAUAUUGUCUGUUCCAUUCCUCGGUUUCGUGUUUCUUAAGUUAUGCCAGUUCGAUCAUUGGAUUCCAUUAGGUCGUCUAAGGUCAACCAAUGCUCCGUCUUUAACUUGCUGAUACCGGAAGGUUGAGGAACAUGUGCCGAUGUUUCGUCAUACGACUCCAUUUUUUCUUUGAAAUCCAAACAUACCAUCUAAUACUUGUUCUGAUUGGCUAAAAUAACACAUGAACAUUUUCAUAAAUCAAAGUUUACCAGGAGGUCACUUCAAGCGCGGGGUUUCUCCAGAUCCUCGUGUAGCGACAGUAGAAAAAAAGGAGCCAAUCAAUGAUCUGACUCUAUGCAGAUUGAAUAAAACAAUAUCUUGCAUGUACACAAAGAGCUGAACAACAUUUGCAACUUACUUUGGAAUCAUUCAAAUCCAUGGGGGUCAGUUUUUGAGGAUUGUAAGUUUUGUGCUAAUUCGUGGGGAUGUCAUUUCGUUGAUACGUAGGUUUUCAGUUUCAUUUCGAAAACUAUCACUUUCCAAAUUUGUUUUGUGGAGAAUGUAAAUUUCUGAGAAAGGGCUAUCCACAAAUAUCUCAAAAAUUGAGCCACUACGAAACAGUUCUGAUGAUCUCAAAGUAUAUUGAUGUCGAAUUUCAUAUAUAUAUAUAACAGAUGUUGUUCUUGCUUUCGCGUUUCUUUGACACUCAUAUUUAAUGUAUUUUUGUUCUAUUUGAAAUCUUUGUCGAUGAAGAUACAUGACGCAAUAGUAUGUUUGCAAUUAAGCAACAAUAAAUCUACAAAUGAACAAUAUCGUUAGUAAAAUACAAGGACAAAAAACUCUCAGGUUAAAUGCAUUAUUUAUGAAUAACAAAUUCUAAUGUUUGGUGUGGCAAAGCAGGUAUCAAUCGCCAUUAAAUUUUAAUCGAAAAAAAAAUGAAGAGUAUUCAUCUCAUUCACUUUUAAAGAAGCUUAGAAACUUUGAAUUCUGAACUAUAGUGAUAUUAGUGAUUGACAUUGGAGGAGGAAAUAACCAAUGUUUUGUUUACACAGGAAGUGGCUGUAACGUGCUAUGUAGAUUACUUAUCACAGCAUGAAAAUGUUGAGACGUGUAUCAGAUUUUUUUAAAAUUUAAUUCAGACAGGUAGUCUUUCUGUAAGAAAUUAAGAUUUCCUAUUGGACUUUAAAAUCCUAUAGGACUUUUGUUCAAAUCUAAUCGGAAUUUAAAUUCCUACAGGAAAAUCUUUUAUUCCGGUCAUUAAUAACAAAAGUGAUUAUAAACUUUUUAAGCAAUGGUCUAUCAUAUGGCAUAUUUGAAUUUUUCGAAACAUGCACCUUAGAUGAGUGCAAACAUGCCACCCUGGCAUUGGCAUAAUUAUCCGGCACGGUAAUUGUUUACCAGCAGCAAAAAACCCGGCGAGUGAAUAUUUAAACUAAAGAAUAAAAUUUAAAUUCUUAUUGUUCGAAUGUUUGUAAGUGCAUGGACACUUUAUUAAUAAGAAUAGUUUGGUAUAUUAUUAAACGUAAGUAUUUCAAAAAAGAACCACUCAAUAGAAGUUCCUGUGUUUUGCAUUCUACAUGUAAUUGAAAUUAAAGAGGUUAAAACAGGAAAGAAUUGAUCUUUUGAGGCCAAUGUUACAGGGAAGGGGUAUACACUUUUUAAAAAGGACGUAGGAGAGUAGUCGACCCGUCAACAGGUAUAGCUAUUUAGAAUUAUUUCAUUGAUUCAAUAUCUUUUACAAUGUAUUA